AUGGCGGCACAGAUGGCUUGGUCCCAGAUUUCGGCUUUCAUCUCACAAAUUUUUCACUUCAGAAAUGAAACGCUCUACCACAUCUACACACAAGUCCACGUCUACAACUACACCCACGACCACGUCUACAUCUACACACACGUCUACGUCUACAUCUACACCCACGUCAACGUCUUCAUCUACACACACGACAACGUCUACAUCUACACACACGUCUACGUCUACGUCUACAUCUACACACAAGUCCACGUCUACAUCUACACACACGACAACCUCUACAUCUACACACACGUCUAUGUCUACGUCUACAGCUUCACACAUGCCAACGUCUACAUCUACACCAAUGACCACGUCUACAUCUACACCCACUACCACGUCUACAUCUACACCCACGUCCACGUCUACAUCUACACCCACGACCACGUCUACAUCUACACCCAUGACCACGUCUACAUCUUCACCCACGUCCACGUCUACAUCUACACCCACGUCCACGUCUACAUCUACACCCACGACCACGUCUACAUCUACACCCACGUCCACGUCUACAUCUACACCCACGUCCACGUCUACAUCUACACCCACGAACACGUCUUCAUCUCCUCCACGACCAAUUCUACAUCUACACCCACGACCACGUCUACAACUACACCCACGCCCACGUCUACAUCUACACCCACGAUCACGUCUACAUCUACAUCUACACCCACGUCCACGUCUACACCUACACCAAUGACCACGUCUACACCUACACCCAUGACCAUGUCUACAUCUACACCAAUGACCAUGUCUACAUCUACUCCCACGAUCACGUCUACAUUUUCUCCAAUGUCCACGUCUACAUCUACACCCGCGUUCACGUCUACAUCUACACCAAUGACCACGUCUACAUCUACACCCAUGACCAUGUCUACAUCUACUCCCACGUUCACGUCUUCAUCUACUCCCAUGUCCACGUCUACAUCUACUCCCACGAUCACGUCUACAUCUACACCCACGUCCGCGUCUACACCUACACCAAUGUCCACGUCUACAUCUACACCCACGUUCACGUCUACAUCUACACCAAUGACCACGUCUACAUCUACUCCCAUGACCACGUCUACAUCUACACCCAUGACCACGUCUACAUCUGCACCCACGACCACGUCUACAUCUACUCCCAUAACCACGUCUACAUCUACACCCGCGUUCACGUCUACAUCUACACCAAUGACCACGUCUACAUCUACACCCAUGACCAUGUCUACAUCUACUCCCACGUUCACGUCUUCAUCUACUCCCAUGUCCACGUCUACAUCUACUCCCACGAUCACGUCUACAUCUACACCCACGUCCGCGUCUACACCUACACCAAUGACCACGUCUACAUCUACUCUCAUCUCCACCUCUUCAUUUACACCCACGUUCACGUCUACAUCUACACCAAUGACCACGUCUACAUCUACUCCCAUGACCACGUCUACAUCUACACCCAUGACCACGUCUACAUCUGCACCCACGACAAAGUCUACAUCUACUCCCAUGUCCACGUCUACAUCUACUGUAGACUACACCAAUGUCCACGUCUACAUCUACACCAAUGACCACGUCUACAGCUACACCCACGACCACGUCUACAUCUACACCAAUGACCACGUCUACAUCUACACCCACGACCACGUCUCAUCUACUCCCAUGUCCACAUAUCAUGUCAUUUAA